GGAGAAUCAUCCAAGAUGGCGGCAUCACUCAGCUGCAUGUGUAGCCGGUCGGGGCUGAACCUUUGCGGAAAAAUUCUGCGCAAUCGGCCCGGAGCCGCCCGCAAAAGACUAACGCUGCGAAGUUAUGAGGUAAAGUCCAAUCCGUCGCCGGCGUGCCGGGCGCUGUCGACGGAGAAAGGCGGCCCCGCCACCGGCGGUCUGGCUCAGGCCAUCCUGCAGGAGAAGCUGCAGCAGCAGCAGCGGGAACGGGCCAAGGAGGAGGCGGGCAGCGGCGAGCAUGGGAGCGGCGAUGCCGGCACCGAGCAGGAGCAGAAACAGAAGCAGAAUACGGCUUAUGCCAAGAAGAUGGUGUUGAGGUUAAUGGGGCUGCUGGGCGCGGGCAGCACCCUCGGGGUGGUCUACGUCUUCGGUAAUAAUUCAACGGAUGAAACUGGAAAUAAGAUUCCAGAUGAAUUUGAUAAUGAUCCCCCAGUGGUACAGCAGUUACGAAGAACAUAUCGCUACUUCAAAGAUUACAGACAGAUGAUAAUUGAGCCCACCAGUCAGAAGCUGCUGCCAGACCCCCUUAAAGAACCAUAUUACCAGCCACCGUAUACUGUUGUGUUGGAACUAACAGAUGUGUUACUGCACCCAGAAUGGUCGUUAGUCACAGGUUGGCGAUUUAAGAAGAGGCCAGGAAUAGACUACCUGUUCCAGCAAUUGGCACCAUUGUAUGAAAUUGUUAUCUUCACCACAGAGACGGGAAUGACUGCAUAUCCACUUAUUGACAGUGUGGAUCCACAUGGGUUCAUCAUGUACCGUUUGUUCAGGGAUGCAACGCGAUACAUGGAAGGUCACCAUGUAAAGGAUGUGUCUUGCCUGAACAGGGACCCUUCCAAAGUUAUUAUUGUAGAUUGUAAAAAAGAAGCUUUCCGUCUCCAACCCUUCAACGGCAUCGCACUAAGGAAAUGGGAUGGAAAUUCUGAUGACCGAACCCUAUAUGAACUUGCAGCAUUCCUGAAAACUAUUGCAGUGAGUGGAGUUGAAGAUGUCAGAUCCGUGCUGGAGAACUAUGCUCUUGAAGAUGAUCCAAUUGAAGCGUUUAGAAAAAGGCAAGAACUACUAGCACAGGAAGAAAAACAGCGGAUAAGUGAUCUAUCGCAGCAGAAAUCUUCUACCCUCUCCCUCGGAUCCUUGACGAGCAAACUAUGGAAUCGGUCCAAGCCACAGUAACAUCAGCCGAAUAAAUGUCCAGGCCUACUCUCUUGCUGUGUUCCAGAGUUACCCAGAGAAGCCUGGCACACGGCUCCAAGCCGGAGUGAGCAAUGGCCUCUUCACCCUGGGUUGUGCUAGAGUGAAAGCUACUAUCCGAUGAGGUCCAGUUAAUUUCAUACUACCCAAUGCCAUUGGUUGGCAAGGUUAGAUGUGAAAGAUAGCACAGAGAUGGAACACUGAUAAUUAUCUCCCAUUACAUGCCUUGAUAUUGGCCACCAUUUUGGAUGUACCAGCACAAUCUGAAUGCAACAGAAAAAUCAGAUUGAAUCUCCUAUCAUUACUUUGUUUUGUUUUAAUUAAGUGAAGGAUUAGUCUUUUUCUUUCCCACUUUCAUAUUUUUUACAUGGCAACUGUUAAAUCGUGGUAACGUUAUCCUGGGAUUGUGAAGAGGGAAAUCCAAUUGUCUUAUCAUUGUGACUGUAGUUUACCAAGUAUUACAUCUACACACAGGUUUUUAGUCAGUGCCUACAUGAUGGCAUCCACCAAAGUGUAGCUUUCUUUUUGAUAUUUGUACAAUCGAUACAGGUCGAUGUGUCCCGAGAUUCUGUGAAUGAUGUGCAUAUGAAACAGAGUGUGUUCAGUGAAAUGUUUAAUAAAAUGAUGACGGCAAAAA